GCGCGUGGCCCUCGAGCGCGCACGUCAGUUCAGGAUGCAGCGCGUGCUGACGCAUCGAGCGGCGCGGCUCUUCUUUCUGAGCGCUAAAGCGUCGCCGCGCGUCGGAAGCGGAGCCGCGAACAUGUCGACGCUGCUCGUGAACCGGCCGCAGUACGGCUGGCUGAAAGAGCUGGGCCUCGGCGAGGACAACGAUGGCGUGUAUAACGGCUCCUGGGGCGGACGGGGACAGGUGGUCACUUCUUACUGUCCAGCCAACAACGAGCCCAUUGCCCGAGUGCGCCAGGCGACCAUGGCGGAGUACGAGGAAACCGUGCAGAAAGCUCAAGACGCGUGGAAAGUGUGGGCAGAUAUUCCUGCUCCGAAGAGAGGUGAAGUGGUCCGGCAGAUCGGGGAGGCUUUACGAGGGAAGAUCAAAGCCCUGGGCAGCUUGGUGUCUCUGGAGAUGGGCAAGAUCUACGUGGAGGGUGUGGGUGAGGUGCAGGAGUACGUGGACGUGUGCGACUACGCCGUGGGACUGUCCCGUAUGAUCGGAGGACCCGUCCUGCCCUCAGAACGGCCGGGGCACGCGCUCAUCGAGCAGUGGAAUCCUGUGGGGCUGGUGGGAAUCAUCACCGCCUUUAACUUUCCCGUGGCCGUGUACGGCUGGAACAACGCCAUCGCUCUGAUCUGCGGGAACGUCUGUCUUUGGAAAGGAGCGCCGACGACUCCCCUGACCAGCGUCGCCGUCACCAGGAUUGUAGCUGAGGUGCUGGAGCGCAAUCAUCUCCCAGGAGCCAUCUGCUCCAUGACGUGCGGAGGAGCUGAUAUUGGCACGGCCAUGGCUAAAGACGAGCGAGUGGGUCUUCUGUCCUUCACAGGCAGCACUCAUGUAGGAAAACAGGUGGCCAUGAUGGUACAAGAGCGCUUCGGGCGUCAGCUGCUGGAGUUGGGAGGAAAUAAUGCCAUUAUAGUGUUUGAGGACGCUGAUCUGAAUCUGGUUGUGCCGUCGGCGGUCUUCGCCUCUGUGGGAACGGCCGGCCAGCGCUGCACUACGACCAGACGACUGAUGCUGCAUGAAAGUGUACACGACGAUGUUGUGGCGAGGAUCGCUAAAGCUUACAAGCAGAUCCGCAUCGGGGACCCCUGGGACCCAAGCACUCUGUAUGGACCUCUUCACACCAAGCAGGCUGUGGAUCAGUAUCUGGCCGCUGUAGAGCAAGCGAAGCAGCAGGGAGGCACUCUUGUGUGUGGAGGACAGAUUAUGGAUCGCCCGGGGAACUAUGUGGAACCUACCAUUAUCACCGGACUUCCACACGACGCUCCCAUAGUUCACACGGAGACCUUCGUGCCCAUCCUUUACGUGCUUAAAUUCAAGACAGAGGACGAAGCAUUCUCCUGGAAUAAUGAAGUGAAGCAAGGUCUCUCCAGCAGCAUCUUCACUAAAGACAUGGGUCGAGUGUUCCGCUGGUUAGGUCCCAAAGGCUCUGACUGCGGCAUCGUGAACGUCAACAUUCCCACCAGCGGUGCGGAGAUCGGAGGAGCGUUCGGAGGUGAGAAACACACAGGAGGCGGUCGUGAGUCUGGCAGUGAUUCGUGGAAGCAGUACAUGAGAAGAUCCACAUGCACGAUCAACUACAGCAAAGAUCUGCCGUUGGCUCAGGGGAUCAAGUUUGAAUGAACGCUUCUGACUUCAAACACACGGUUUCCUGCUGGUUUGAUGUUGAUCUGGUCUUAUCUCCAUGUAAAGUAGUCCCAAAGCUCUUCAUCUAAUGCAUUGUUUGAUAGCACUUACUCACAGCUUCGAGUCUUGAUACGGUUUCUUAGAAAUAAACCAUAAAUGAUUA